AUGAAUCUAACUGACAUCUCAAAAGAAAAUCAAUUCGCAGACCCCAAGUCAUAUAAGAUCCCCUCCUCCCGCAGUGCGCUGAAGUCUCUCAAUCUUUCAGCCUUCCUAAAUGUCUCCCAAAUUCCUGCUGAAAUUCAAAAUCCAGACCCUCAAUUGGUCUCUGAAUACGCCGUCGAAAUUUCUAACAAUCUCAAAAUUCAAGAAAAUUCUUACCAAAUUUCUCAUGAAUAUAUGAAAUUGCAGCCUGACAUCAACCUAAAGCACAGAGCUGUGCUUAUUGACUGGAUAAUCAGCGCGCACAAACACUUUAAGCUACUCACUGAAACACUCUUUUUAACUGUUUAUUUGAUCGAUAGAUACUUAGAAAAACGCGCAGUGACAAGGCAGCAGUUGCAACUAGUCGGGGUAACUGCGCUCUUUGUUUCUGCAAAAUAUGAAGAAAUUUAUCCGCCAGAGGUAAAAGACUUUGUGAAUAUCACUGACAGAGCGUAUACUAAAGAUCAAGUUGUGAAGAUGGAAAGAGAGAUGCUGACUACGCUGGAGUUUAAUAUAACUUUUCCUUCAGCGUGGAGAUUUUUUGAGAGAUUCAGCCUGAUCACCAGUCUGAAUCCUCAAGGACAAAGUGUAGGCCAAUAUGUGCUAGAAUUAGCAUUGGUUGAGUAUCAUAUGCUGAAAUAUAAAGCAUCAUUGAAGGCUGCGAGUGCAGCUUAUUUAGGCCACAAAAUUUUUAACAGAGAUUAUGUGUGGAGCACUGAAGGUUUUUCAGAAGCAGAAAUAAAAGAAUGUGCUAAAGAUUUGCUCAUCCUUUUUCAGGCUGCUUCCAAGCAUCCCUUGUCGGCAGUAAGAGAGAAGUUUUCAAGGCCUCAAUACCAUGAUGUGUCGAAUUUAAGAUUAAGUUAA